AUGCUGCUGACGUCGCCUGCCAUUGGCCCGCUGGAUGCUGACGUGGCACACAUGGAAGUCCCGCUGUGCUCCAAGUACUUUGGAGCUUUCUCUGCUGCUACAGAUGGAACUUAUGCUCCUGCUACAGCUUCAGUGCCUGCUGCUACAGCUUCGGGACAAGCUGCUGGCUUGACUGCUGCUGCUCCUGCUGCUGCUCCUGCUGCUGCUGGUGCUGCCUUUGCCGGCUCCUCACCAGGGUUUUCCCACUGCUCUUCGUCGCAAUCCGCUUCGGUUGCUUCGGGGUCGGUCCGACUCUCUCCACUUGGAGCCCUCGCUUUCUCGCCUCAAAAGGUCGUUCAGGUGAUUCGGGUGGUUCAGGCGAUUCAGGUGGUUCGGUUGAUUCAGGUGGUUCAGGUGGUUCAGGCAAUUCAGGUGGUUCAGGCGAUUCAGGUGGUUCGGUUAAUUCAGGUGGUUCAGGUGAUUCAGGUGGUUCAGGCGAUUCAGGUGAUUCAGGUGGUUCAGGUGAUUCAGGUGGUUCAGGUGAUUCAGGCGGUUCAGGCGAUUCAGGUGGUUCAGGUGAUUCAGGUGGUUCAGGCGAUUCAGGUGGUUCAGGUUCAGCUCAUGCAUGCAGGUGUCAGAGUGCGUCAGCUGAUCACGCAGGCGUUGGAACACGUCAGCUCCGCACCCAUAUGCAUGCACCCCUCAUUCUUCCCAUUCUCCCCAUUCUCUGCUUUCUCCUCCUUCUCCCCAGACUCCCCCGUCUCCAUCUUCUCCCCCCUCUCCCCCUUCUCCCCUGUCUCCCGCGUUUUCUCGAUUGGUCUUCAGCUGGCCAGCGCCAUGUGCUACCACAUGCGUCUGUUCGGCAUGGCGCUGGAUCGACAAGACCUCCUGGACCAUGCUCCCAUCCUCGCCCACGCUGCUGCUGCUGCUGCGGUUGAAUCUGCUGCUGCUGCUGCUGCUGCUGCUGCUACUGCUGCUGCUGCUGCUGCUGCUGCUACUGAAACUGCUGCUGCUACAGCUGGUUCAGCAGCAGCUGUCAUUACGACCGACGUUGCUGAUGCUGCUGCUGCUGGUGGUACCCAUCCCACGCCCAUCAGCACCGCUGUGCGCCCCUUUGGUGCCUUCUGGACCGCAUCCCACUACUGUCUAGUGCUACCCUGCUUGGUCGAAGGAGGAAAGGAAGGAAAAGAGGGAGAAAGCGAAAGAGGAGGAGGAGAAAGAGGGACAGCAGCAGACUGGCGAGGGGUAGCUGAGGGAGGGGAGGAAGGGAGCGGGGCGAAUGCAGGCAGGGAAGGCGAAGGGGUGGAUGCAGGGAAUUGUGGGGGAGGGGAUGAUGGCGGCAGGGGAGGGGAUGAUACCAUGGGCAUGGGAGGGAAUGAUGGCAUGAGAAGGGAAGGGGAUGAUGAUGAUAUGAUGCGCGUGUUGAGGGGGAGGAUUGACUGGGAGACGGUUGACAGGGUGGUCACCCCCCUGCUCAUGAUUGCGCGCGGGCCUGCGGAGGAGCAUGGUGACCUCCACGGCAUGGCAGCAUACGCGGAUGAUGCUGUUCCAAACAAUGCCCCUGCUACUGCAACCACGCCUCUGCUCGUGCCUCCUAGUGCCUCUGCCAGCACGCCCCUGCUCAUGACUGCUUGUGGGCCAGUGGAGUUGCAUGACCUGCAUGGCAUGGCAGCAUACGCGGAUGAUGCUGUUCCAAACAAUGCCCCUGCUACUGCAACCACGCCUCUGCUCGUGCCUCCUAGUGCCUCUGCCAGCACGCCCCUGCUCAUGACUGCUUGUGGGCCAGUGGAGUUGCAUGACCUGCAUGGCAUGGCAGCAUACGCGGAUGAUGCUGUUCCAAACAAUGCCCCUGCUACUGCAACCACGCCUCUGCUCGUGCCUCCUAGUGCCUCUGCCAGCACGCCCCUGCUCAUGACUGCUUGUGGGCCAGUGGAGUUGCAUGACCUGCAUGGCAUGGCAGCAUACGCGGAUGAUGCUGUUCCAAACAAUGCCCCUGCUACUGCAACCACGCCUCUGCUCGUGCCUCCUAGUGCCUCUGCCAGCACGCCCCUGCUCAUGACUGCUUGUGGGCCAGUGGAGUUGCAUGACCUGCAUGGCAUGGCAGCAUACGCGGAUGAUGCUGUUCCAAACAAUGCCCCUGCUACUGCAACCACGCCUCUGCUCGUGCCUCCUAGUGCCUCUGCCAGCACGCCCCUGCUCAUGACUGCUUGUGGGCCAGUGGAGUUGCAUGACCUGCAUGGCAUGGCAGCAUACGCGGAUGCUGCUGUUCCAAGCAAUGCCCCUGUUACCACGCCUCUGCUCAUGACUGCUUGCGGGCCUGUGAAGGAGAAUGAGCUGCAUGGCAUGGCGGCAUACGCGAUGCAUUCGCAUCUGCUGUACCAAGUGGUGGGAAGGGAUCCGGAGGGAAGGACAGCACAGAGUGAGUUCGAGGGGCCGCAUGGAGGCACGUUCCAACAGUACUUCCAGAACCAGUAUGGCAUAUCGCUGCAUUACCCCGACCAACGUAUGUUUGCUGCUUGCGCCCCAGCUGAAGCCAGAGCUGCGCAACGCACUGCUGCUGCUGCUGCUCUGGACACUGCCAAAUCCUUUUACCACUACCCUCAUGCAGCCCUAACCCUGAUACGUGUAACCCCCCUCACCAGGGCUGUCCAAGUGGGGCGAGAGGAGCAGAUGCCUGUACCUGCCAGUGCUUCAGUGGGGAUGGCUGUAGCAGACACGGCUGUAGCUGAUACAGUUGCAGCUGACGUGGCUGAAGCAGAGACGGGUGUAGCAGAAAAGGGUGUAGAAGAGAGGGCUGUAGCGGAGAAGGCUGAAGCAGAGAAGGCUGUAGCAGUGAAGGCUGUAGCAGUGAAGGCUUUAGCAGAGCAGACUUUACCAGAUCAGGCUGUAGCAGUCAAUGUUGCAGCUGACGGGGCUGUGGCAUACAAUGCUGUAGCAGACACGGCUGUAGCAGACACGGCUGUAGCAGACACGGCAACAGCAGAGAGGGAGCAGCAGAAGCAGGAACAGCAGGAGCAGCAGCAGAAAGGCACAGGGCAGGAGGAGGCAGCUAAGGGGGAGCAGCAGCAGGGCAGGGAGAAGGGCAGGGGGCGACAAAUAUCAUAUCUGCCUCGGGAGAUAUCGUACCUCCCAUUGGAGCUACUGGUACCGGUGUUUCCGAUGCAGCACGUGCUCUUUGCCUCGCUGCUCCCCUCGCUGUUCUACCGGCUUGACUGCCUGCUCACUGCCCGGGACAUCCGACGGUUCCUUGUGCGGCAGUAUGGGUGUGAGCGCCAGGGGCAGCAGGCACCGCAUUUUCCUGCUAUUGAUCUCCUGCGUGCCCUGAGAUGCCUAGGCGUGGGCACAUACGAGUCAGACGAGAUUCUUGCUGUGAGCAGCGCGGUGCAGCUCGGUGGGUGCUCCCAGCCAUCAAUGCCUCUCAACCACCCCUUCUCACCAACCAACAUCCCUCCCUCCCUCUCCCAUUCCCCCUCUCAGCUCCUGCGCGCCCUGAGAUGCCCCGGCGUGGGCACCUACGAGAAUGACGAGAUUCUCGGUGACAGCUGUGUGCAGCUCGCCACAUCCUGCCACCUGUUCUCCACUCUGCUGCCACGUCAGCAGCAGAAUAACGGGCGUGGGCGUGGGCAUAAGCAGAAGCAUGGGCAUGGGCACAAGAAUGGGAUCAACGGCUCAGCAUACGCUGAGAGCACUGCCGCGAUGCAAUCACAUGCGCCACACAGCCAGUCGUCCCUGCCACCAGUCUCCAAGAGACGGCCCACUGGGCCGGCAUACGUCGAGUUGAAACGGCAGUGCGUGAAGCUGGUGUCAAACAAGCACCUGGCAGCGCUGGCAGUUGAAGCCGAAGUGCCCGCCCCCGUUCGCUGCAAGCCCUUCAGCCCCACGGAUUGGAUCGGCCCCCUACUCCCUCCCUCCCACACUGUGCUGCCUCUGGCUGACUCCCUCUCUCACUCGCUCCUCCAACCACACUCCCCCUCACACUCUCGAGCGACUGCAGCUUCCCAGAACCUUCCCCCUAGCCCCAAAGCCCUUCUGGACUCUGCCUUUGCCUCGCUGGCAGCGGCGCAGCCAGCAUCCGCCGUCAAGUCAGCGCGCCGCCCAGCCAAAAAACCGCUCGCUGACGUGGCAGAGGCCUUGGUGGGCGCCAGCUGGCGGUGCGGCGGUGCUGACAUGGCGCUGCCGGUGCUGAGGUGGCUGGGCCUGCCUACGGAGGGCGUGGGGGAGCUGCUGAGGGGAGAGAUGGGUUGGAUGGGGGGAGAGGCGGAGGGGGUGGCAAAGAGAGGGGUGGUGGGAGUUGCAGCAAACCCAGAUAUGGCACUGGACGUGCCAUCAGAGGGCGUGGGAGAGCUGCUGAGGGGAGAGAUGGGAGCACGAGAGUCGGAGCGAAGGGUGAGUGGCAGCAAGCACGCAUGGGAGCCAACUAGACAGCCGUUCGAGCUGCCACUUGAGCCGCCAGAGAAGCGGCCUAAGCUGCUUGAAGGGGAAUGCGUGCAGCACCAGGAGGGGCAGCAGGAGGAACAGCAACAGGUGCAGGGUGUGCAGGUGCCACGUGGCAACAGCUGGCUGGCUGCUGGAGCUUCAGAAUGCGAUGGGGUAUCGAUUCAGAAAUGA